GAUGAUCUUGACCUCUUUCUUCAUCCCCAGCCAUUGUACAGGAGUUCCGGUAUGUUGAUUUGAGCCCCAGGCAGCAAGGCAGUACAGCAACAAUCUGAUAAGAUAAAAAUAGGGGAACUGAAGCGCCAAGACGCUAAGUGCGGAUCUGAUUACGGAGCUCGGUGUUGAAAGAGUGGGCCGUUGGAAAAAAGUGGACGGAUUGAUUGCCCCGCCAAAAUGUCUACAAGUACACAAAGUCCUGCCCCCCAACAGGCAAACCACAACACCUCCACUCGUUUUUCGCGUUCGUUCAAAAUGACUUCAGCGUUCAAGUCGAUCAUCAGUUCUGUACAAAACACUAUUUCUGGCACUUCAGCGAUGACCCCUAUCGAUGCUCUCUUUCCCAAAGUUAAUCCCGAAGUUGACGGCCAGGACUGCGACCAUGACUGCAAUUCUUGCCAUGUCAAGUACCCAAAGGGCUUCAAGAUAGACGAGGAGGACAAACUGUAUGGGCAUGUCAAAGGAUGGAGUACGCAUGUUCUAGUAGCAACGGGAAAAACGGACUGGGUGCGGGAUGUGGCAGACGAGAAGGGCAGUUUAAUGGAGGCCAUCGAAAAGAAGGCAGACGUGAAGCCUACGAAUGGUGUAUGUAUAUCCAAGCUCCCCUACUUCUUCCUUGAUAUUUCAAGCUAACGAGUAUCCAGAAACUCAUGCUGUCUGCUUCCAACAUUCCAACCCCAACCCACUCCUCAGACUAUUCCGAACCAACAACUGUCCUCCUACUCCCUGCCUUUGUAAUUAUCGAGAACGUUACACCAAAAUCUGUUAACACCCUGAUAUCUGAAUACAUCAACCCAGCACCAACAAACACAACGCCCUUGGGCCCGAUUUCGAUACCACAAUCGCUAUCUGAUCCCCUUCACACAGCCGAGCAAUUGACUUCGCGACCGUCCCCUCACCGAGCAUUGAUCCUUCUCUGUUCACAAAAGACCAGAGAUGCCAGAUGCGGACAGAGCGCUCCACUCUUGCGCAAGGAAUUUGAACGCCAUCUACGGAUCUCUGGUCUUUUUCGUGACCUCAACGACGAGCGACCGGGGGGCGUGGGAAUAUACUUCAUUUCGCAUGUUGGUGGACACAAAUAUUCAGCAAAUGUAAUGAUAUAUCGAAAAGCAAAUGCAUUCGGGUUAGAUCAGGUAGCACGAGCCAAAGUUGGCGAUGACAAUUUUCCCAAACCUGCAAAAGGAAUCGAGGGAGAAGAACAGAUGGGCGUUGCACAAUGCAUGUGGAUUGCGAGAGUUAAGCCAGAGGAUUGUGAGGGCAUCAUAAAAUUUACUGUUCUGCAGGGGAAGUUGGUGAAACCUGAGAGUCAAUUAAGAGCUGGAUUUGAUAGAGAGAGGGGACUAAUAAGCUGGUAGAGAACCAGGCACUUCGAGUAAUGAGGAUGAGGAUACCAGGCGUUAUGGGAGCUUUUGGAAUAAGCUGCGACUACAGAAGCAUGCAUAGAUUUACGGUCAUUUGGGAUAGACAUCUAUAGAGUUCUGUAGAUGUUGGUGAUAUAGAUGAGUAUUGUGAUUCAGGACGUCAGGCGGAAUCUCUAGAAAUCGAGAAUGAAAUACAAUUAUUCG